AUGUAUAUCCUUUCUGCGGUCAAGGCUAUUGCCUUGUUGCCGCUAUUCUGUGAUCUAGUCCUGGGUGCGAAAGGUACAAGUGGCACUUGUUCGAAAGACAAGAGGUGUGACACAGGCUGCUGCAGUAAAGAAGGCUACUGCGGCUUCGGUCCUAACUUUUGUGGUGAUGACGUUUGUAUAUCCAAUUGUGAUGCUCAGGCUGAGUGUGGAAGUAAAUUCUGUGGUACCACUGAGGAAUUCUGUGGCAAGGGUUGCCAAAGUGGAUGCGAUGAUGUUAAACAGCCGUCGUGCUCGGGAACCUCUAGCAAACAGGUCUAUGGAGGUUACUUCGAAGCUUGGAAUUAUCAGCGCUCGUGCGAUACCAUGACCCCUUCAGCUGUCGAUGUCAGCCCAUGGACACACCUCUUUUACAGCUUUGCUGGCAUUAACAUCGGCGACUCUACUAUCGAAACCGUGUACGACCAUGACGAUGAAUACAUUGAACAAUUAAUGGAUCUGAAGAAAAAGAAACCCUCGCUUAAGACACUUAUCUCUGUCGGUGGCUGGGAUCUUGGAGGCGAGCCUUUCUCCGAUAUGGUUCGCUUCGCUGGACUCCGCAAAUCUUUCAUUGACUCUGCUGUCUCAUUCAUGGAAGAGAGGGGCUUUGAUGGAAUUGAUAUUGACUGGGAGUACCCUACUGCUGAGGAUCGAGGUGGUCGUGAUGAAGACAGAGAGAACUUUGUGACCUUCAUGAAAGAGCUAAAGGAAGCUUGCGAUGGCACCUACAGUAUUACCGCAACUCUACCCACUUCCUACUGGUACUUGAAGGGAUUCGAUGUCAAGGCCUUGUCCAAAUAUGUCGACUAUUUCAACUUCAUGGCUUAUGAUAUCCACGGCACGUGGGAUGGCAAUACUAAGUGGACGGAGUCGGUGGUUAACCCCCACACCAAUCUCACUGAAAUCAAGUCUGGUUUGGAUCUCUUGUGGCGAAACGACGUUGACCCUGCCAAGGUGAUGCUUGGUCUUGGAUUCUAUGGGCGCUCGUUCACACUAAAAGAUCCUGCCUGCACAACCCCCGGGUGUGCAUUUGACAAGACCGAGGACUCUGCAGGUGGAGGAAAAGCAGGAGAAUGUACUGAUACCACCGGAAUUCUGACCGACUAUGAGAUCAAUCGAGUUAUCAAGCAGUAUAACCCUGAGGUGGUUUACAACGAACAGGCCGCUGUUAACUGGAUGACGUGGGACACUAGCCAAUGGGUUUCAUUUGAUAAUUCCAAAACAUUAAAGCAAAAGGCUGACUUUGCGAAUGGCAAGUGUCUCGGAGGGCUCUUCGCUUGGACAAUCGACGAGGGUGGCCCGGGUUCCUCUGGUAACCCCAACGACCUUGACCCUAAAGACACCUCGAUGGAUGGGCCAAGUACAGACGGCAGUGAUUCUGGCACUGGCGACUUCUAUGUCGAUGGCUCUAUCGUCGAUCCAAAGGGCGAUUCGGACACCGCAACAGCUAUCGCUCCGGUGAAUAUUAUUGUUGCGCCCUCCCUAUUGCCAUCACCAACGACCUUCUCAGUUGGUCCUUUGGUGACUCCUAUUGAAGUCGCCUGGACCACAACCAAGACUGUGACAGUCUCAGGGAAGCCUACUGUUACAACGACUAUCGCCCGUACUAUCCAGACAACCACCUUCUCAAUUCCCCCUAUUACCGCGAGCAGCAUCCCAUGGUGGAACUGGAAUAUCACCAAAACUGAGGGUACGGAGAGCACCAAGACACUAUUCCCUAGCUUCUCGCUGGAUCCUAUCACAUUCAGGGAUAUGCCCAGCUCUCAGUCUCACAGCUCUGUCAAUGGGACGCCCAUCACACAUACAGGCACCGAGGACCGGACCUUCUUCCCUCCCCCCUGGCCCUGGUCAACAACCUCUUUGCCUGUUGAUGUUCCCACUCCAGUCAUCACAUGGAGUCAAGGGGGUCCUCCGGCCCCUACUUGCACUUCGAACUGUGGCACUAAGUGCAAGUCUUUCUGUGACAAGCCAUGCUUGCUGGACUGUACCGACCCGAUCUCUAACAACAACUGGAAGGAUCCUGCGGACCCCAAGCCUCCAUCACACUCCCCGUGUAGUGGUCCUGAUUGCGAAAACACAAAAUGUACAGGGCCCCUAUGUGUCAAAAAGAACUGCAAAGGCCCUGAGUGCGAUAAGUCAUCCCAUACCUGUCUCGGAGCCGACUGCACGCCCACCGGUUGUAUUGGUACCGAUUGCCUCGAUACGGGUGAAUGUGACGGUGAUGACUGCGAAACUCACGGAUGCGAAGGUGAUGACUGCAAUGGCCAAGGGCGUUGUACUGGGCCUGACUGCGUCUCUCUGGGCUGUAUCGGCCUUGACUGUAAUCCGCAGACGGGAGAAUGUACCGGUCCUGAUUGCCGUAAGAUCAGCUGCUCGGGUCCGAACUGCCAGGACGGCAAAUGUACCGGUGAGGGAUGCGAGUCCGAGGAUGAUGACUGCGAAUCCCAGGAAGCAGAUACCUGUACAGAGUAUAUCUCCUCUUCCAUGGUCUCUUCGACUUACACCACCGAUACUUCCACUCGGUGCCAGACCAUCACCGCCUGUGAAGCCACGCCCACAACAACGACUUCCACGAUUAGCACUUCCAUUUCUAAGAAACCCGCUUGGAGGUAUUCUAGUUGGGCUGUCGAUGACGCCGCUAUUACGAGUGAGGCUAGUCAGAUUGACGAGGAGUUCUCCUCGUUAUAUGCCACUACUACCACGCCUACCACCACUGCUGACCCUACCACAACUACUGACACUGCCACAACGACGUCACCCAACCCGUACACCCCAUCUGAAUCUUCAACAACAUGUGGUCAUGGCCAAACCAUGUGUCAUCUUUUCGUGAGCAAUUUGCAUGGAUUCUGUGAUGUUGCCAAGAGCUACAUCAGAGGUUCUACAAUUUACGGUACCACAAAUGGUAGAAACAGCGGAGAGUGUUAUACGGAUGGCAAGCACGCUUCUGGAGGCUGUGGCGUCUUCAUCGAGGGUGACAAUUGUGAAGUCAAGGGCACUACCAUGCAGGCGGCCUACGAUCAUAUUUUCGAAGACUGCGAUUCCGCGUGCGGUCAUGCGGUCUUUGACAAUGGCUGCACGAUGAAGGUCGACUAUGUCACUGGGUGUCACACCUCAAAUAAUUGA